AUGCCCCCUCUAAUCCGCGUCAUCGGCUCGCUCAACGUCGACAUGGUCUCAGUAACCCCCCGCUUCCCCUCCCCCGGCGAAACCAUAACAGCAUCCUCCUACUUCAUGUCCGCCGGCGGCAAAGGUGCAAAUCAAGCCGUUGCAUGCGGCCGCACCUCCCGCCCCAAGCCCACCUCCCCCAAUACCCCCUCCACACCCAGCACGCCGAUCGAUAUUGAAAUGGUAGGCGCAGUCGGAGCACUAGACGGCCACUUCGACGCCCUCUUGAAACCUACGCUCGAGAAAUCGGGGGUUGAUACGUCGCGGGUACGGAUUAUUCCUGAUGCGUAUACGGGUGUUGCGGUGAUCAUCGUGGAUGAGUCGGCUGGGGGCGAGAAUCGGAUUUGUUUCUCGCCUGGUGCGAACUAUAAGGGUAUGCAGCCUGUUCCGGAGGUGCUGGGGUCGGGUCUUGCGGCUCCCGUGCCGGAUGUUAUUGUGCUGCAGGGUGAGAUUCCGAAGCAAUCGUUGAUUGGGACGUUGCUUGAGAUUGGCGCAUUCAAGCAGAGAAAUCGUAAAGAGGGGAAGCAGGGGAUCGAGAUUGGUCCGGAUAUCGUGUUUAACCCGGCGCCCGCGCCUCCAGGGGGUUUGCGGCCGGAAGACGGGAUGUAUUAUGUGGAUCACCUUAUCAUGAACGAGACGGAGGCGGAAAUAAUGAGUCCAUCGGAAAAGGAACUGGGAUCGCAUGCCUGUAUCGGUGAGGACAGAAAGAAGAAUAUUGCGGGCUUUUUUCACGGAUAUGGCACGAGAUACGUUAUCAUCACGCUUGGUUCGAAGGGCUCCUGGUACAGCGCCUGCCGACCCGGCGCCGGCGGUCCCGCAAACGGGGUGGACAGAUUCAUUGGCGAGAUUCCGGCGGAUAAGGUGUCCAAGGUGCUUGAUACGACGGCCGCGGGGGAUACGUUCGUGGGUGCGUAUGCGGUGGAGAUUGCGCGGUGGCGUGAGGCGAGGAGGGCUGCUGGAAAGGCUGGAGUUGAUAUCACGGAGGGUGAGAUGAAGGAACGGUAUGAGACUGUGACGGAACAGGCUAUGAGAUUGGCGACAAAAGCAGCGGCGCGGUGUGUUGAGAGACAAGGGGCUAUGGAUAGCAUUCCUUGGGAGGAUGAGCUCUGA